AUGGCGUGGCUGGCAUGGCUAACCAUCGUAGUUAUUUUAUCGUCCACUGUUAAAAGUCAUGAGUGGGUCCCAGCCCGCCCCCCAGUCGGCCAUUUUGCGGUCACUGACGCUGAGAACACCACCUGUCUACUCAUGACGGUCGGGAUGACGUUUCACGUGCCGUAUGUUAAGAACGACUCCAAGAACACCGAGGAAGUCGCCAGCUAUUAUCUACCUGCCGACGCUGACGUCACGGGUUCAUGUGAGGACACGGCGGCGUCCAUCACGCUGUCCUGGGGGGAAGGCUUCAACGUCACCGUCAGCUUCCAACGGAACGACACGAUGUUCUACGGGUCGGACAUCACCACGGGAUACGUACUGAACCGGGACGUGUUCCCGGAUUGCAAGGACGAUGGAGAGACAAGAGUCCAGAGCGGGCCUCCUCACGACGUGCACGCCAUGCCGGGCCGGUCCUACCUGUGUGACGUCGCCGUGAACGUCACCGUGGGGAACGUCACCGUCACGUUCUCAGACCUACAGGUGCAGCCGUUCCUGGUCAAGGGCGGCAACUUCAGUAAAGCCGAGGAAUGUGCGGCAGAUAUGGCCACCACUCCCAGCGCCCAUACCAUUCCGGUAAAAACAACCGUGCACACUACCCCUAUCCCUUUCCCCGUCCCGAAACCCAGCCAGAACAACUACACACUAACAGACAUCACGGGCAAGGUCUGUUUCAUGGCGCUCAUGGCGGUUCAGAUACAGGUCAACUACACCAGGACAACUGGCAAGACUGGUUCAGCCGUUUGGGACGUCCCAAAGAACACCAAUGCGACAGGGGCGUGUGGGAACGACACCGCAUCCUUACAGCUAGUGUUCGACGGAGGCCUGACCAACCUCACCGUGAUCUUCACGGCCACGACAGGCAUGGACGACCUUACAGAUGUUGACACAGACAGCGGUUUUAAGGCGUCUGAGAUGUUUCUGGAAUACGUGGAAACUGAGGCUCGCUUCCCUGGCAGUGUUAAUAACGGAACGAGCCAAACCGUUGAGAAGAAGAACCUGGCGGUAUUCCAGUGCACCACGGGAAUGUCGUACAAGUGUAACACCCGACAGACGGUCAUGCUGAGUCAUGACGUCACACUGAGGUUCGAGGAUGUUCACCUUCAGCCGUUUCAGGUGAAGGGCGGCCAUUUUGACCCUGUUAAGGAGUGUACAGCGGACAAGGUGACCACCCCAGGACCGUCCAACAUGACCACGCCCAUGACUGCCAUAACAACGCCUCCCCCGCCACGCCCAGUUCAUGACCCCAUCACCCUGAACUUCACGCUGACGGACGACGAGAACAAGAUCUGUUUCAUGGCGCUCAUGGGUGUGCAGAUAGAGGUCAACUACACUACUCACGACACUGAGAAGAAAAGCACGGCCCGCUGGAAUGUGCCCAACAGCGUGACUGUGACCGGGGAGUGUUCCAACACGACAGCGACCCUGACCUUGACCUUCGACGGCGAACUGACAGUCGUGACGAUGACCUUCAGGAACCAGAGUGGGAAGGGCGGCACGGUCAACAAGUUCAUGGUGUCUGACAUCGACCUUCAGUACGUGACGGACAAGUCUCACUUCCCUGAUGCCCAACCUGCGGAACUGGGUAAACAUAUUAACAUCUCGAAACACAACCUGGCGGUCUUCAAAGGAGAGCUUGGCAGCUCCUACCUGUGUAAGAAGGGCGACAACGUCACUUUGAACCAAAACGUCACCUUGAGGAUGAUUGAAGUCCAAGUGCAACCGUUUGGCCUGACUAGCAACAAGUUCGAUCAAGCUGAAGUUUGUGAAGCCGAUAAUGACGUCUCUACCCUACGUCCAAUCAUCGUCGGGUGUGCGAUCGCAGGGGUUGACGUGUUGAUGCUGCUGUAUUAUGGGAUAGGUCGCCGCAUGAGAAGGAACAAAAACACUCGAUAGGAAUGUGAUAUAUAGUAUACUAGUAUUGCACGGUGUUACAAUUAUAAGAUCAACUAGCAAAACGUGGCAACAGUACUUUAGAUUCAAGUCAGUCUUUUAUUGAUCAAAAAGCAGUAGAAACAAAGAAAAUGUAUGAUAAGACAUAACCAAACAAGUCAUCAGUACUUUACCCUGUACUUUCUUAGGCUACACCAAUUCUAUUUGUUGCUUCUCGGAAUCGCCCUUCCGGGUGAAAUGAAAAACGACGUCGACAACAGUUCCAAAUCAUUUAGAAAAUUUUUAUCCAGGAAUUUAAUAAUUGCAAAUUCCCGAAUAAGUUUAUUAAACUUUUCGAAAUUUGGAGGGUCUCAGACGAAAAUUUGGUGUAAACAAAUGUCAAAUAUGCAAUCGAAAAUAUUUCAACUGAGUGAAGAAUGGUGUGAAAAAAGUAUGGGAGCUUUAUUUUCAAUAAAUGGUGCGUUUUUUCAAAAUUGUUUAGGAUGCACGUAAACUAAAAUGACAGAAAUAUUGAUGAAAAAGGCCCGUAUUCAGCCACUCGUAAAAGUCAUUCUAGGAAUAUUUGUCUUAAAAUGAACAGAUGCAAGACUAAAACGGUUCUUAAAUGAUAAAUUCGUGAUACCUAGGUAGUCGAGGCACGCCUCAAUGUCAAGAACAAGAGCAGGAUAGAUCUUAAGUAAAAACACCAUAAGAGCCCAUCGCGUUUCCCAACUCGCGAAAAGGCCAAAUCUGGGAAUGAAAGACGCUUCCUUAGCGAGAUACGCGCCUCGUCGGAACGGGGGCUCGAAAACGGGGGUAUGAUAGGGGAUGAAUAUCCGCUUUUUCAAUUUUAGAAAAAUUAAACUUAUGACAUUUUUCGACGUCCUUGUUCUCAGAGUAUAUUUCUUACGGUCUCUUUUCUAUUCCUGCAAAAUGCCUUCCAUCAAAUUUGCUUUAUUCUCGAGUUAUACGUCAAAACGUGAUUUUACGAUCAGCUGAUCGCUUGCAGAAGUGGUCACAACCUUUGCAGAAGUGAAGUUUUCGCUGUCGAUCUCAUUACCAUAUGAAUGAAAACCAAGCAGAUGAGAGGCGUAUACUAUAGCAAUCACCAUCAUA